UGGAGGUUGCCGCAUCCUGAAAGAGGCCGCUACAAACUGCUCCUUCUGUCAGUGCUUAGCCAGGCGCUAUGGCCGCAGCAACAGCCCCUUCAAAAGACCCCAGAGACCCCAGAGCCAGCCCCAAAGUCAGGGGCCUUAAGACAGACCUGAAGACUCGCUCAGGUGGAAAGCCCGCAGGCCACCAGAAGGCCAUUCCCAAAGCUCACCUAACUUUUGUCAUCGACUGUGCUCACGGGAAACGGAUCUCCUUGACAGCACCCCCAGUGCCGCCCCGAGCCCCUAGUCCCAACCCAGGACCUGUCAUCCCUCCAAUGAAGACCUACAUCUUGUUCUGUGGGGAAAGCCGGCCCCCCCAUCAGACUCCAGAGGCCCCUCUGGAUGAGGGAGGCCUUGCCUGGGCCAGGGGCCCCCUGCCACCCUGCACAGGGAGUGCAGCCCCAGCUUCCUCCCCUGCCAGCCCACUCUGCCUCCAGGAGGCUCCUGAAGUCAAGGGGAGCCCUGCCAAGAGGUCUUCAGCUUGGGGAACGGUCUUGGGCUCCCUCAAAGCCCUCUCCUCCUGCGUCUGUGCGCAGGCUGAUUAACCGGAAGAACCUGGCCGAGGGAGGAAGGGGGUGACACCCAGGAGCCCGUCCCUCCUCCCCAGCCAAGCGGAAAUCUCUUGUGGCUGGGCCAAGGAAGAAGCCUAAGAUCAUUAAAGGACAUCUGAAACAGCCACGCGUGCCCUCCCUUUCAGCAGCAGGAGGAUAAGCACCGCCACGUGGAAAGAGACUAAUUCACUCACACGGCAAAUUCUAACCAGAGCACCAUCCACAUGCCAGGCCCUGCAAAGCCUAGAGAAGAUGCCACAGCUUUCUUAGAGCUUGUAUUCUUUGGGAUGGGGGAGAAUGCUUAAACAACUGAAUAAAGAUGAUU